CCGCGACCUGGUGACAGUUUAUCGUUCGGGUAAACCUCUUCUGGGAUGUCUUCUUUGCUAACCACGGCUCAACUGACUCCAUAACAGCUAACAUCACUUUUGACCGAAGCUUUGAAUAUGAUGCUUCGGAGCAGAAACAGCAACAAUGCGAAUAUUGUCAACAAUCAGAAACCAGGAGAAGUAAAACGUGGCAAGAAGCAGUCAAUUGUAACCGGUGAUGACCCGCUUGAGCCUAAGGCUAAACGACCUGCAUUUGCUGACCUGAGUCGGGCAAUCUCCAAUGUAGUCAUCGAUUCCUCGAAGAAGCUACAUUUGACUAAAGACGGCCGUCGCAAUGUAAGGCGCAAGUCGAAUUCCGAAACAUCCUUGCCUGCAAUUACAGAGAAUACCGACGCUGAGGAGCUGAGACCAGCAGUGGAGCCGGAUCCAUGUCCUGCUUAUGACUAUGAUGCUGAAAGUGGACCCGACAUUGCAAACGUCUCCGAAUUUGCUUUUGACAUCUUCAAAUACUACAGAUCACGCGAGAAGCUGUUUUACAUCCCUGACUACCUCCAUCAGCACCCAAAUCUUAGCAAACAGACCCGAGCAGUACUCGCGGAUUGGAUGGUUGAGAUACAAGAGACGUUCGAACUCAAUCAUGAGACUCUUUAUAUGUCGGUAAAGAUUGUUGACAUGUAUUUAUCGAAGACCAAAGAUGUAGUAAAGGAUGAUUUGCAAUUGUUGGCUAGUGUAGCUAUCUUCAUUGCUUGCAAGUUCGAGGAGCGUAGCCCACCUCUUAUUGACGAUUUUAUGUAUGUUUGUGAGGAAAUGUUCAGUCGUGAACAAAUGAUCAAAAUGGAAAUGAAAGUUUUGGACACCAUAAACUAUGACAUUGGAUUUCCGCUCAGCUACCGAAAUGUCAGGCGCUACGCUAGGGUGACAAAGACUGAUAUGCCAAAGUUGACACUUGCACGAUACGUUCUGGAGACAUCGCUGAUGUUUUAUGAAUACAUCGGAGUAUCUGAAUCGUUGAUGGCAGCAGCUGCCAUAUUACUGGCUUUCAAAAUGCACGACAAGGAUGCUACCUGGACACCAAUCCUCCAAAAAUAUUCCGGUUACAAAGCCGAAGAGGUUGAACCGAUGAUGUGGGAGUUGAAUCAUAUGCUGUAUAAGCGUCGGGUAAUGUACGAUCGAUUGGAAACUGUUUUUUCGAAAUACAGCCAUGAAGUAUUCUUCUCCGUUGCUUCGGUUCCACUCCUUCCCGAUAUCUACCCGCUGGACAGACCAGUUCAAGCGCCUCCAUCUUCAUCUCCCAAGUGAUUUUCAUUGUCUGAAGCUGUACCACACUGUAUUAUAUAACAAGCAUAGGUUGACACGUAUUUUGCUAGUUUAUAUUGUCUAUUUAGCAAAGAUUUGUUACCUUCUAGGCGUAGUCCUAUAUCAAAUUGCAAAAUGUGCUUUCCUCGCCAAGUCUUUUUUCUUUUCAACCUUAGUGAAUGCUACUAUAGUUUGCGAUCACCUCUCUUCUAUUUAUGAUUGUCCGUGCAUCACCAAGUAGAUCUCUGAGCGGACUUCAUCUUUUUCAGACUCAAAAAAGCGGGGAAGAUAAGGAUUGUUAUGUUAAGAUUUCAUCUUUUUUCAACCUGCCAUCACUUAAAAUCACAUCUAGCACUUUAUUGAUCUAUAUGAAUACUUACGCUACUUAUGAAAGUAUGUAAUUGAUGUUUAUUUGGAUCAGAUAACUUUGUGAACUGGCCAAUAAAGUGUGCGAAGUUGCUGAAAG